AUGAGAAGAGCUGUAUCAAAAAUAAUCCCAAAUGGGCCUCCUAGGUUCCUACAGAGUGGGUCAUUGCUAUCGGGAGACACAAACUUCAAGUAUAGAAUGGAUUUCAAUUCUGUGGACGAGUUUUAUAUCCUGCUAGCAGAUCCCCAUAGAUCCUGGCUUCCUGGAGACGAAAUAUCGGGACAAAUAAUAUUUAUAUCUAAGAAAGAUCUUGCAAACAUAGUAAUAACGUUGUCGUUGAUAGGGAGUGUGAAGAUAAAUGCAUCAUCACACUCUAAAUUACGCCCCGUUAAAGAGCUAUUAUUUCAUCAUACAAUAAAAAUUUAUGGAGACGAAAAUAGUAGCAAUAAUAACGAAAACGGUGAAGAGUUCAGUAAUGGAUUGUUUAAAGGCGAGCAUAGGUUUCCGUUUAUUGUUAAGUUGCCUAACAAACGAGUGUUUACGAGUAUUGAUUUCGGGAAGGGCUCAAUUAAAUAUUCGUUAAAGGCAGCCGUGGGGAAUGCAUCAUCAUUUGCUAAUGAUAGUCCGGCAGCCUCGCCGUUGUCGGACUCUAAUAAUAAUAAUACAACGAAGAGCAAUUUUAUUCUGAAGACUAAAAACUUGAACUUUCAUAAUUCGGUCUACACAUCGGAAAAGAUCAUUACUUUAAUAAAUCCGAUAGACGUUUCAAAAUUACCUAGAUCCAAACCUAAAAGACUCAUUAUUAAAGAUCCCCGUCUAAGUAAAAAGUUAUCCCGAACUCAGUCCUCGACAUCAACAUUGAACACAGUAAACACAUUUAACACUUUAUCCUCAAAUAAUUCAGAUACUACAACAAAUGGUGAAUUUCAUUCGAAUAGUAAUACACCAGGUAAUAGUGUAUCCCACUCUAAUUCCAAUUCACCAUUGAAUGGGUUAGAUAAUGCUAGACCGCAGGUUAUCAAAGUUGCGCUUGAGAUUCCUGAAAGAGGUUUUCUUAGAGGUGAAUUGAUUCCUAUAAAACUUAAUGUUAAUCAUUCAAGAAAAAUUCAAGAUUUGAAUGGUAUUAUCGUCACGUUAGUUAGGGUAUGUAGACUCAGCAAUGGUCAUGAAAACAUGGUUGAGUCAUUCAGAAAGGAUUUGCAACAACUGGUACUUCCAUUAUAUGUUGAUCCAAAUACAUUUCAAUCUGAAAUUAACACAAGUUUAAGAGUUCCAGCUGAUGCAUUUCCGACGAUAUCUGGGUGUCCAUUAGUAUCAUUUCAAUAUUUUAUUGAAGUAUUGAUUAAUUUAUCUGGGAAAUCCCUAGUACUAGAUAGCAGUAAUCACCACAAACCCAGUAUAUCGACAGAUGAGACAAACCAUUCAGUAUUGGAAAAUCCUUCAAAUGAUUUGAAAUAUAAGUUUAAUUUCAAUUCAAAUGCAUCUAUGAAUCAAAAUGAAAGAUCGGGAUUUAUUAAUACCGAUAAAUAUAAAAGAAUGAAGAAAUUUCUACUUUUAACAACUGAGGUAAUCAUUGGAACCAAUCGUCUGAAUGAGCGUCUGGCCUACACUUCUAACGAACGAUCUAAUGAACCAUUACAUGAUAAUCUCAACUCUAUUUCUCCGACUUCAAGAAAGUCCUCAUCUGUGUCUGGUUCCAAUGAUUCCCCAUUAUUAUUUAAUCAAACUGGGUCAACACCACCUUCUCAACAAGGUCAUCAACAACCAACGAGCUUUAAUCCACUCUCAGAAGUCAUACCUGCUAAUAAUUUUUCCACACCUCCUUAUUUUGAAAACCAGCAGGGUUCACCAUUAAAUAUUGCUGAUACACCUAUUCCUGGCUAUGAAGAAGUUUCAAAUAAUUAUCAUGCAAAUUCAAGUUUAGCGCCUGUUCAAAUGCCGACGCAUCAACACUUGUCCGAGAAAGAACAAAUGAGAGCACGCGAGGCAAGCUUAUUACCGUCCGCACCACCUUUAGACGAUGCAGAAGAAACAGAAACAAUCAGUCCAAUUGAUAGGAAUAAUGAAAUAUUAGAAAAUAUAGAGGAACUGGGGGAAGAGACAAAUCAAUUACUUAACGAAUCAAAUGAUAGUGCAUCGUCGAGGCAUUCACAGUCAUUCGGAUUCUUUACUUACCAAAACUCCACAUCUACAACUACUCCUACAAAUCCCGAAAGUUUAGAAGACGAGGAGGAGGAAGAGGAUAAUUUAUACCAUAGUAACAAUCUUCUGAACUCACAUGCUGAAAUAGACAGCGAAUCAACUGAUUGGGUUCCCAAUUAUGAAACUGCUAAUCACGAUAGGUUAUUGCUUGAAAAUGAUCAUGUCAGUACCGGUACUAAUAUGCAUCCAGGUAGAAAUGCUAAUUCGAGUACAUGUGGGCCACAGCAAGAUAAUUGA